AUGGGUUUCCGACCGAUGCAGCUGAAACGUUCGAAUCCCGGAAGGUUGGAGCGAUUUGUACAGUAUCUGUCAUUCGCGGAAGAUGUAAUUACCGAAUUAUAUGCAGUAUUUGUAGCAUUAUCUGGGUUGGGACCUGGUCAUCGGAUUCAAUCAUUCGAUGAAGCAAAGCGGUUAGAUAAAAUCAAUGAACGUAUGCCCCCAUCAAUGGCAACCCCAACACAAUCACCAAUGGCCAGUCCAUCGGCUCGUCACACCAGUCCAAAUGUCAGCAACAGUACAACAGCCAUACCACCAGCAACAACUGCAACAAUUUGA